UACCUACUCCCUACUCUACCUACUACUCUGGCUAGUCUGAUUUGUCUGAUUUGUUAGAUUUUUGUUACCUACUACGUCGCUCAUACUCUACUUCGUACUAAAUUAAUCUGACGCUUACUUAUCAAUAGUGUACUAUUUAGAAAUUAAUACAGUUGAUACGACCAAUCAUCUCUCUCUGUCCCAUCUUAUUCCUUUCUUACUCUUUAAUACGCCGGGCCCGGCGUGGUUUGUAGCGUUGUAGGUAGAUAGGUAUGUAGCAACGUCCUUUUUUGCCUCUAGACUUUUUUCCUUUAAUACAAACUGAUCCUAACCCAUAUCUGUAGACUGAUCCACCCAUGAACUCUUAAAAAGGUUGGCUUGUCCAUAAUCGAUAAUAUACAUACCUCCCACCCCCAAUGGUCACUUUCGCUGCUUUCAAAUCAUAAUCUCUCUCUCUCUCCGUGGCGUGAAACUCUUUGUUCCCUCUUUUAACUCAAAAUCACUUGUUCUUCUUUCUUGUUCGUGUCAAAGGGUUGGUCCCUCAUUAUUCUUCAAAAGGGCCGGUCGGUCAUAAGUUAUAAUCACCCCGCGAGCUCCCUGACUUCACCUAUCGCGCAACAAAUCAUCAACCGGUUAUCACAGCAAGGGUCUGAUGUGCACCCUCUAACACCCUCAAAAUGCAACAGCCCAUGGAUCUCGAUCCUGAAGCGCCGCCGACUAACCAAAGCCACAAAGUCGACAAAACUUCCACCACCUCACACGCCAAAACACACGAUGCGCCACCCUCAUCUGGCCACCCAUCACCCGCACCAUCAAGCGGCUCGGGUCACCACAACGAGCUCUACGACCGCGAGCUCUCCAACUUCAACGCCGUAGUCGCCUCCAUCUCACCCGCCGCAGCCCGCGCCGGCGUGCGCCAAAACUGGCGCAAAUGCCUCCUGGGCUCAUCCAGCGAUGAGUCGUUCUUCAUUCGUAGUCUCAUGGGGCGGACUUCAGAUCACGUGAUGACUAGGACCUUGGAGGAUGAGCAGGAGAGGAUCUUGGAGGUGGCGAGUGAGCACUGCAAGGCCUUUCUGGAUCAGGCGAUGGCGAUGAGGUUGGAGAGUAUUAGCGCGAAGGAUUUGGUGGCGGCGUUGGCUAAGGCGAGACGGUUGGGGUAUGAUGAGAUGGACUUGGUUGAGGCGGAUGAGAUGGUCGUGCCAGCAGAGAGGGCGGAGGCGGAUGAGCCGAACGACACGGAGGAGGAGGCGGAAGAGAAAUUGCAGGUCGAGGUGCCUGAAGUGUUGGAGGUGGAGGGUGGUGCGCGGAAGGAUAGCUGGGCGAAGGAGAGGUUGAUGGAGUUCAGGAUGAAGGAGCAGGAUGAUGCGCGCCAGGGGUCGCAGACGGUGUUUAGCCAGACUGAGGGACAUGCCAAGCGCAAGAGUAAACGCAAGGUGUGCCCGGCUUGCGGCGCGACGUUUCUCCAAUCUGCUGGAUUGAAGUAUCAUAUGGAUCGUAAGGUCUGUGAGAGACAAAAACCGACUGCUCCUUUGAAGUUUUGGUGUGAUCUAUGCUCAAAGGGGUUUACAACAUCUGGGGGUCUCACUUAUCACCGAUUGAACAAUGUUUGCAAGGGCCAUGAAACCUCAGCGAUGUCGUCUCCCAACGCCCAGCUUCAAGCUGAGCAGGCAGCAAAAUAUGCCAAGCCUCCACGAAACCUAACACCCAGAGAGCUUCUUAAAUCAGAGCCAUACCCCGGGGCCUUGAACGUUCGCACCUAUUCUCCUCCUCGGAACGCGCAAAUGCCAGCAGCGCGCUUCACAGAAUUCAAAGCCUCUCCCAAACCACUACCCAUGCACCCAUCGCCACAGCAAUACCAACCGCAACCGCAAUCCACGCCCUCCUCAGGCUCCAAACCAUCCGUCGCCCUCACCCCCGAACAAUUCACCGAAAUGAACGCAAAACUCGAAAAGGAAGAACGCCGCUUCGAAUCCGUCCUCGCAAAAGUAUCCCCCCACCUCUCCUCCGCCGACCGCCACGCCGAGAUCAAGCGCCUCAAAGCGGGAAGCUCAACCCGCAAAUCCAUCAUCCGCCGCGAAUACGGCGUGCAAGUCCGCCGCUCCAAGGUCGCCACCGCGAACGCCAUACGCACGGCUAGUGGUGGGGUUGAUAUCUCGAUGGUCGAUGCGCCGCCGAGCACGAAUGGGUUCGCAGCGAUAAACCGCAUUGCUCCAUGCCGCGCGGAGCCGAGCGAGCCGGACUCGAAGAGGAGGCGUACGGGCGAAGUGGAGGUUAGGGGGAGAAAUCCGUCGAUGUACGACCCGCUCCGCGAUGACUCGGAGCGCAGUCGCAGCGUGGAGUAUCCACGUCCUGGUUUCAACGGGGCGCAACAACUUCCUCAUCCCGACCAGGUGCUGAAAUCAGAUAAUCGCCCGACGACGGCACAGAGGCAGAACGGUAUCAUUCCGCGUUCGAGACCGCCGCUACCGCUGCAUGCCCAGCGACCACCUCACGGUACGCCACAACAUGACCCGUACCGGCAACCGAGUUACCAGCACCACCAAACCCCGACGGGAGGGUUUACAAGCGUCAAUACUGAGCCCAGCGUAUCUACCCCGCACGGCCGCUGCGAUAGACAUCACGCCCCAGUAGCACGAAUGCAAACCUACGCCGCCCCCCCUUUCUACGUUGACCAAGACCGGCGGGAACCCGCGCACCCCGCACACCCGCCCUACCACCCUGGCCACCCCACCCACGACGCAGCGGGUACAUUCGGGGUUCUGAAAUCGCAUAAAAAAGUCCCUGUCCGCGAGGCGCAAGCACAGUGGGAGAAUCUUCAGGGUGGCGGCGGACAGUUGGGGGUGAAUGGCGUGGAGAGGAAGACGAGCGCGAGGACGGGGGGUUUGAUCCAGAUUCUGUCCGAUUCGUCGUCGUAUUCGCAUACCCCGCCCCAGGAGAAAGUAGUCGCGCAAGCGCCGCAGAAAGCGCCUGCCCCGUCGUCGGCGGAUGUUCCGCCUGACUCAAGGAAGAGUGCGGGGGUGUGUGGGAGGCCAACUGCGCUGCCUGCGCGUAGCUCGCCGCGGCCGGGGGAGAAGGUGGGGGAGGUGAGGGAGGUGAGGGGAGAGGAGGAGAGUGAUAGCGAUGAUGGAAGUGAUACGAGUAUACCGGCGCGCAGGACGCCGGUGAAGAAUGAGGCGUAUCGGGAUACGGCGCAGCCGCGGAGCGCUUGGGGGAAGGGGAAGUAUGGGAGGGAUGAGAAGGAGAAUAGGGGGUUUGAAUAG